AAAUGACAGGUGACGUAAAGCAUCUCGUGGCGGUGGUGAUAAAAAUUAAAAACGUCAUAAUUUGUCAAACUCGAAAAAUUUGUCUACUAAAGUAUGAUACAAUAAAUUGAGCAAUUUAUUUUGUAGGUAAAAUUAAUUAAACAAAAUGGUAUUAGCGGACCUAGGUCGGAAAAUCACGACUGCUCUGCAGUCCCUGAGCAAAGCAACUAUUAUAAAUGAAGAGGUUCUCAAUGGGAUGCUCAAAGAUAUUUGCACCGCCCUAAUAGAGGCUGAUGUGAACAUAAGGCUAGUAAAAAAACUCAGAGAAAAUGUCAGAGCGGUGAUAGAUUUCGAUGAGAUGGCUGGGGGGCUUAAUAAGAGAAGGAUGAUCCAGAGUGCUGUAUUCAAAGAGCUCAUGAAGGUACUUCACUGCAUAAAUCCUGGUGUGAAGCCUUAUCAGCCAGUAAAGGGGAAGCCCAAUAUCAUCAUGUUUGUUGGUUUGCAAGGUUCUGGUAAAACCACAACAUGUACAAAACUGGCUUAUCACUAUCAGAAAAAGAAUUGGAAGUCAUGUUUGGUUUGUGCAGAUACUUUCAGAGCUGGUGCUUAUGAUCAAGUUAAACAGAAUUGUACUAAAGCGAGAAUACCCUUUUAUGGAAGUUAUACAGAAGUUGAUCCAGUUGUAAUAGCCCAAGAUGGUGUGGAAAUGUUUAAAAAGGAAGGUUUUGAAAUAAUCAUUGUUGAUACCAGCGGUAGACACAAACAAGAAGACUCUCUGUUUGAAGAGAUGUUGGCAGUUUCAAAUGCAGUGAAACCAGACAAUAUUAUUUUCGUGAUGGACGCCACAAUCGGUCAAGCAUGUGAGGCGCAAGCUAAAGCAUUUAAAGAUAAAGUAGACGUUGGUUCGGUUAUCAUAACAAAAUUAGAUGGACAUGCUAAAGGAGGAGGGGCUCUUAGUGCCGUCGCAGCAACGAAUAGUCCAAUAAUUUUCAUUGGUACAGGAGAGCAUAUAGACGAUCUAGAACCAUUCAAAACAAAACCUUUUGUUAGUAAAUUAUUGGGCAUGGGGGAUAUAGAAGGCCUUAUAGAUAAAGUAAACGAAUUAAAAUUGGAAGAUAAUGAGGUGUUGUUAGAGAAAAUUAAGCAUGGACAGUUCACACUUAGAGACAUGUAUGAACAAUUCCAGAAUAUUAUGAAGAUGGGUCCAUUCUCACAAAUUAUGGGUAUGAUACCAGGUUUCAGUCAAGACUUCAUGUCAAAAGGUAGCGAACAGGAAUCCAUGGCGAGACUAAAACGAUUGAUGACUAUCAUGGACAGUAUGAACGAUCAAGAGCUUGAUAGCAGAGAUGGCGCUAAAUUAUUCUCGAAGCAAACUGGUAGAACUGUCAGGGUUGCCCAAGGGUCAGGAGUCACAGAACGUGAAGUGAAAGAACUGAUCACGCAAUACACAAAGUUUGCUGCGGUAGUAAAGAAAAUGGGCGGUAUCAAAGGACUAUUUAAAGGCGGCGAUAUGGCGAAGAACGUCAACCAUACGCAGAUGGCGAAGUUGAACCAACAGAUGGCCAAGAUGAUGGACCCGAGAGUGUUGCACCAAAUGGGCGGAAUGUCUGGUCUUCAGAAUAUGAUGAGACAGUUGCAAGCGGGAGCAUCAGGAGGCUUAGGGGGAUUGGGGAAUCUGAUGGGAGGUUUUGGCGGGAAAUAGCCUAUCCUCAGAUUAAUCGCAACCUAAAUUGGAGGAAUGAUACCCUGGAGCUACAUUUCCUAAACCAAUUUACUUUUUCUAUGUUGACGUAUUAUCAUUAUAUGUUAUUGUAAUAAAAUAUAUAUGAAAUUUUC